AUGCCUUCUCCGGGUAUUACGGAUGCCCGUGCGUCCUUCGACGGCUUAUACGCUGGAAGCUUCCUUGCGGCAGCGUUCUGCGGGUUCACAUCGCAUCAAACUUAUGUCUACUUCAAGCAGUCGACAGGAGACCCGUCGUGGAUGCGUCACACCGUGUUUACUCUUUGGAUUGGAGAUGUGAUGCAUGCCGUUCUUGGGGCGAUAUCCGCGCAUCAAGUCGCAAUCGAAUUCAUCGAGGAUCCCUCAGGUCUACUCCAAGAUACAGUGCCAUGGACACUAUCCGCUUCGUUCUUUCUGAUGGUGAUCACUGAUACAACUGUCAAGAGGAUCUGGAGACGUAUGGCUCUCGUAGCUCCAACAGUGCUCCCUGUUUUGUGCGCGCUAGUUGCCGGCCUUUAUGCUGCAGUGCGAACGACCGGAAAGCCAGACAUUAUCGCAAUAGAUCUCCUCGCUCAAAUAGAGGUUACCUUGACCUCAGCACUCAUCUCCGAUGUGCAACUCGCCGGCAUUCAGGCCACGUCCUUGAUCAGUCUUCUCGUACUUUACGUCGUGACGACAGGAGUUCUGACCAGUGUUGUCGCAAUCGCGACACUAGCCAUUAUGCUCAGGAUGCGGCAUUCGUUUGCCUACGAUGGCGCAUUUUACAUGCUCAGUAGAAUGUACUUUAGCUCUCUUCUCGCCACACUCAAUCGCCGCGAGGACUUUCGGGGAUGGAAGCGUCCACCGGAACCAUCCAAAGACAUUGAGGUGUUCCCGCUCCAGGCGACCGGUCGGGGUCGAGUCGAAUUCGGCCCCGAAACCCUGGAACAGCACAGUGGCAGGCCAUUGAACACCUCAGGCAGGACCGGAAAGCCAGACAUUAUCGCAAUAGAUCUCCUCGCUCAAAUAGAGGUUACCUUGACCUCAGCACUCAUCUCCGAUGUGCAACUCGCCGGCAUUCAGGCCACGUCCUUGAUCAGUCUUCUCGUACUUUACGUCGUGACGACAGGAGUUCUGACCAGUGUUGUCGCAAUCGCGACACUAGCCAUUAUGCUCAGGAUGCGGCAUUCGUUUGCCUACGAUGGCGCAUUUUACAUGCUCAGUAGAAUGUACUUUAGCUCUCUUCUCGCCACACUCAAUCGCCGCGAGGACUUUCGGGGAUGGAAGCGUCCACCGGAACCAUCCAAAGACAUUGAGGUGUUCCCGCUCCAGGCGACCGGUCGGGGUCGAGUCGAAUUCGGCCCCGAAACCCUGGAACAGCACAGUGGCAGGCCAUUGAACACCUCAGCGCAUAUGAAUCCACCGCCAAUCCAAAUCGACAUCAUGGUUGAAAGAAGCAUAAGCCUAGAUACGCACCGGAGGGACCCUCCUCACGUAGGCCCUUCUGGUCCCAAAACUCAGCUAUCUUUUGAAAGUUAUCAGGACACCGAGAUGUCGAACGCCUAUAACUAA